AUGGGCUGGUCAGUCGUACCAUUUCUCCCCACGACCAACUGGUCUUAUGACUUGGCCAAUAUCAUUGAACAUCUAGAGCUACACGAUGCAGGGCUGGCCAAGAUCCUGAAGAAGUACGACAAGCGUACGGGGCGGCUGCUCCGGCUGCCCUUCAUCGAGGAGGUGCUCAAGCAGCCCUUCUACACCACGGAGCUCAUGUCGAGGCUGGUCCGCGAGUGCGAGGAGACCAUGGAGGCCGUGUUCGCCUCCGACAACAGUGGUGACCCAUGGACGAGGAAGCACUGCACCGACACUGAGUUGACUCCCAUGGCAACGGAGCAGGGUAUUUUAAGGAACACCGUCGCGACGCUGGUGGCCAUGAGGGAGCUCCGCAGUGGGAGCUGGACGUACGGACACUUCUCGCUGCCACCCUUGGAAACGGAGACCACCUUGACGGAGCAUGUGUCCAUCCAGGUUGCCGAUCUCGUUCAAUCUGAGGCACGUGGUGUUGUUCCGGUGGUUUGA